AGUCCGCAGUGCGUGUUUCUGCGUGAGAGAGAAAGCAGAAAACCAUGGAGAUGGAAUCAAUGGCGUCGGCGAUCGGAGUAUCGGUUCCGGUGCUCCGAUUCCUUCUCUGCUUCGUUGCCACCAUUCCUGUCAGCUUCUUCCACCGCUUCGUCCCAGGCGGCCCCGCUGCCAGACACCUCUAUGCCGCCUUCACCGGUGCCCUGCUUUCCUACAUAUCCUUUGGGUUCUCUUCGAAUCUGCACUUCUUCGUGCCUAUGUUGAUAAGUUAUGCGUCCAUGGUCCUCUAUAGGAAACGAUGCGGCAUAAUUUCCUUCUUGUCAGCCAUGGGUUACCUCAUUGGAUGCCAUGUAUACUAUAUGAGUGGAGAUGCAUGGAAGGAAGGAGGCAUUGAUGCUACUGGCUCUCUUAUGGUGAUAACAUUGAAAGUGAUAUCAUGCUCUAUUAAUUAUAAUGACGGAUUGUUAAAAGAGGAAGAUCUUCGUGAAUCCCAGAAGAAAAAUCGGUUAAUUAAGUUGCCCUCUUUAAUCGAAUACGUGGGAUAUUGUCUGUGUUGUGGAAGUCACUUUGCCGGUCCAGUUUAUGAGGUCAAGGAUUAUUUGGAUUGGACAGAAAGGAAAGGGAUUUGGACGAAGUCGGAGAAAGGUUCACCAUCACCUCUCGGGGCUACACUUAAAGCUCUUCUCCAAGCAGCUUUCUGCAUGGGUUUGUACUUAUAUCUUGUGCCCCAUCAUCCACUGUCCAGAUUCAGUGAGCCAAUAUAUAAAGAGUGGGGAUUUGUGCAUCGUCUGAGUUACCAGUACAUGUCUGGCUUUACAGCCCGUUGGAAAUAUUAUUUCAUUUGGUCCAUCUCAGAAGCUUCUCUCGUUGUAUCUGGCCUGGGUUUCAGUGGUUGGACCAAUUCUUCUCCACCCAAAGCACGAUGGGACCGUGCAAAAAAUGUUGACGUCUUGGGUGUUGAGUUUGCAAAGAGUUCGGUUGAGUUACCACUCGUAUGGAACAUACAAGUCAGCACAUGGCUUCGUCAUUACGUUUAUGACAGACUUGUUCAAAAGGGGAAGAAGGCUGGUUUUUUCCAGUUGCUAGCAACACAGACUGUUAGUGCUGUCUGGCAUGGAUUAUAUCCUGGAUACAUGAUAUUCUUUGUUCAAUCUGCUUUGAUGAUUGCUGGUUCAAGAGCCAUUUACAGAUGGCAACAAUCGGUUCCACCAAAUGCAGUGAUACUUAAGAAGACCUUCAUGCUCAUGAACUUUGCUUACACACUUCUUGUUCUAAACUACUCGUGCGUCGGUUUCAUGGUAUUAAGCCUGGAGGAAACAUUGGCUGCAUAUGGGAGCGUACACUAUAUCGGAACUGUCAUUCCAGUGGUUUUGAUUCUCCUGGGCAACAUUAUCAAGCCAAAACCAGCCAGAUCCAAAGCCCGAAAAGAAGCCUGAUAAACACAUCUCUCUUGCUUCAUGCAAAAGCAAAGGUUGAGGUUUUUUCAAGCAAAAUGUUUUUUUAGAAUCAGCGUUUUUAUUUAUUUACCAUUGCAACCGUCAACUAGUAUGUAACACUUAUGAUUAAUUAUCAUGAAAUCCUUAGUCUUUUCGACAUGUUAA